CGCCGCGCGGCGAUCGCCGCGGCCGUGAAGCACGCGUGGCAGGGCUACCGCGACCGCGCGUUUGGCCGCGACUCCGUGGCCCCCGUGAGCGGCCGCGCCGUCGGCAGCGGCUUCGACAUGGCCGUGACCUUGGUGGACUCGCUGGACACGCUGUGGAUCGUCGGGCUCAAGGAGGAAUUCAAGGAGGCGCGCGACUUCGUCGCGACGGAGGCGUUCGGGAAGAAGCUGCGGAGCCCGCCGAGCUCCGCGUCCAUCUUCGAGACGACGAUCCGCGUGCUCGGCGGGCUGCUGGGGGCCUACGAGGUGAGCCGCGACAAGAUCUUCGUGACGCGCGCGCUGGACAUCGGCAACGUCAUCCACGGCAAGCUCGACAAGCGAUCGGGCGUCUGCCCGCCGAGCUUCGGCGCGCGGUCCGGCGGCGGCUGCCCGAGCCUCGCCCACGCGGGCACGACGCAGCUGGAGCUCAUCUACCUCGCCCGCGUGUCCGGCGACCCCAAGUUCCUCAAGACCGCGCGCCUCUUCUACGACCACAUCAAGCGCGCCGCGCGCCUCGAGCCGGGCCUCUACGCGCAGUGCGUCGGCGCGUCGUCGGGCAAGAUCACGCUCGGCGCCGAGGCCGACUCGUUCUACGAGUACCUGCCCAAGGUCUGGCUCCUCCAGGGCGGCGCGGACCGGCGCGCGACGCGGACGAAGAGCGCCGAGCCCCUCGACUUCGAGGACGCGUGGCAGAUGUACAACGACGCCCUCGACGGCAUGGAGCAGCGCCUCACGUCCCGCGGCGACGACGGCCUGCUCUACCUGGACAACCUGAACUGGCGCGGCGGGUCCGCGUUCUCGCGCGAGUCGGCGAUGGAGCACCUCCAGUGCUUCGUGCCCGGCUGGGUCGCUUUAGGCGCCGCCUACCAGGACGACCCGGCGCGCGCGGCGAGGCACCUCGCCCUCGCCGACGAGCUCGCGACGACGUGCUUCGCGAUGUACGACAAGCAGCCGACGAAGAUCGGGCCCGAACGCGUGAAGCGGAAGCGCAUGGACCUGAGCGCGACGGACACGAAGGAGUACAUCCUCCGGCCCGAGGCCGCCGAGGGCUGGUGGUACCUGUCCAUCCUGCCGGGCCUGGACCACAUGCGGGACAAGUACCGCGCGUGGUCCUGGCAGUCGUUCCAGGCCAUCGACGACCUGCUCCGCGCGCCCUUCGGCCACGCGUCCAUGCGCGACGUCUCCAAGCCCAGGGCGUCGGCGAGCGCGAACCGCCUCGACCGCAUGGAGUCGUUCUGGAUCGCCGAGACGCUCAAGUACUUCUACCUCAUCCAGGAGGAGACGCCGUCCUUCCCGCUCGACGCGUACGUCUUCAACACGGAGGCCCACCCCUUCUCCAUCCACACG